AUGGCGGAGCUACACUACUUCUCCACCCUCGGAGCCAUUGUUGCCUCACUUUUCCUCUUCUACUACUUAAGGCCAAAAAUCGCCACUCACAAAUCCCCGCCCGAAGCCGGUGGGGCCCGGCCCUUCACUGGCCAUCUCCACCUUAUGUCCUCUAGCUCCGAGCUCCCCCACAUCACGCUGGCCGCCCUUUCUGACACAUACGGCCCGGCCUUCACAAUCCGUCUGGGCAUGAGACGAGCCCUAGUCGUCAGCAGCCGGGAGCUCGCCAAACACCUCUUCACCGCCUGUGACUCGGCCAUAUCCUCCCGCCCGGCCCUCCGAGCCGCCUGCCACCUCAGCCGCGGGUUCGCCACCUUCGGAUUCUCUCCCUACGGCCCCCACUGGAUCCAAAUGCGAAGGCUCGUCUCUACUGAGCUGCUCUCGGCCCGGCAGGUCAAGAUGCAGCGAGAUGUGCGCUCGUCCGAGACGGCUUUGUCGGUUAACGAGCUGUUCCGUAGGUGGGAAGAGAGGAAGGAUGGGUCGGGCUGGGUUUUGGUGGACAUGAAGAAGUGGCUGUGGGAGCUGAACUUGAACGUGGUGCUGAGGCUGGUGGCUGGGAAGAGGUUCGCGGGCAUUAAUGGGGAUGGGGAGGAGAUGAGGCGGUGCCGGGAGAUGAUGAGGAGUUUUUUUGAGCUGGCGGGGAAGUUUGUGUUGGCCGACGCCUUGCCUUAUCUGGGGUGGCUGGAUAUUGGGGGGCACGAGAAAAGGAUGAGGGAAAACGCGAGGGAGAUGGAGAGAUUGGUCGGGGGAUGGCUGGCGGAGCAUCGGGAGAAGGAAUAUGGUGACGAUGAUGAGAAGCCGCCGGAUUUUAUGGAUGUGAUGGUGUCGGUUAUGAGAGGCGGUGAGUUUCAGACUGAGUAUGAUGAUGACACCAUCAUCAAGGCCACUUGCGAGGCUUUAAUCAUCGGUGGGACGGACUCAACCACAGUGAUGUUAAUAUGGGCCCUUUCCCUCCUACUCAACAAUCGCCAGGCCCUCAAAAAAGCUCAGGAAGAGCUGGAUACACACGUGGGUAAGAAAAGAUACGUGGACGAAUCUGACAUUGGCAAUUUAGUCUAUCUCCAAGCCAUCACAAAAGAGACCCUGCGGUUAUGCCCCGCGGGACCACUGCUUGGCACACGCGAGUUUUCCAAGGACUGCAUUGUGGGUGGCUACCACAUCCCAAAGGGGACAUGGCUGAUGGUGAAUGCAUGGAAGCUGCACCGAGACCCGCACGUGUGGGGACCUGACGCACUGGAGUUCAAGCCCGAGAGAUUUCUUGGCGAGCACGGGAACUUGGAUAUGAAAGGCCGUGAUUUCAAGUUGAUCCCAUUUAGUGCGGGUCGGAGGAUCUGCCCUGGGGCAAACUUUGGCUUGCAGAUGAUGCAUUUGGUGUUGGCUAACUUGUUGCACGGGUUUGAGCUGUCGACCGUGUCUGGUGAGGAGCUCAACUUUUCCAUCCUCGCUGCAAUUACUGCCUCACUUCUCUUCCUCUUCUACUGUUUACUGCCAACAAAAAACUCCCCAAACAAAUCCCCGCCAGAAGCUGGUGGCGCCCGGCCCUUCACCGGCCAUCUCCACCUCAUGUUCCCCCCCUCCGACCUCCCAUACAUCACCCUGGCCGCCCUUUCCGAAACAUACGGCCCGGCCUUCACCGUCCGUCUGGGCAUGCGCCGGGCCCUAGUCGUCAGCAGCCGGGACCUCGCCAAACACCUCUUCACCGCCUGCGAUUCCGCCAUAUCCUCCCGCCCCGUCCUCCGGGCCGCCUGCCACCUCAGCCGCGGCUUCGCCACCUUCGGAUUCUCCCCCUACGGCCCCCACUGGAUCCAAAUGCGAAGGCUCGUCUCGACCGAGCUCCUCUCGGCUCGGCAGGUCAAGAUGCAGCGAGACGUGCGCGCGUCCGAGACGGCUUUGUCGGUUAACGAGCUGUUCCGAAGGUGGGAAGAGAGGAAGGAUGGGUCGGGAUGGGUUUUGGUGGACAUGAAGAAGUGGGUUGGGGAGCUGACACUGAACAUGGUGCUGAGGCUGGUGGCUGGGAAGAGGUUGGCCACAGGAAUUAAUGGUGGUGGGGAGGAGAUUAGGCGGUGCCGGGAGAUGAUGAGGAGUUUGUUUGAGUUGGCGGGGAUGUUUGUGGUGGCGGAUGCCUUGCCUUAUCUGGGGUGGAUGGAUAUUGGGGGGCACGAGAAGAGGAUGAGGGAAAAUGCGAGGGAGCUGGAGAGACUGGUCGGGGGAUGGCUUGCGGAGCAUCGGGAGAAGGAAUAUGAUGAUGAUGAUGAUGAUGAUGAUGAGGAAAAGCCGCGGGAUUUUAUGGAUGUGAUGAUGAAGGUUAUGAGAGGGGGUGAGCUUCAGACUGAGUAUGAUGACGACACCAUCAUCAAGGCCACUUGCGAGGCUUUAAUCGUAGGUGGGACGGACUCAACCACAGUCAUGUUAGUAUGGGCCCUUUCCCUCCUACUCAACAACCCCCACGCCUUGAAAAAGGCUCAGGAAGAGCUGGAUACACACGUGGGCAAGGAAAGACACGUGGACGAAUCAGAUAUUGACAAUCUAGUCUAUCUCCAAGCCAUCACAAAAGAGACCCUGCGGUUAUGCCCAGCAGGCCCCCUGCUUGGCGUACGCGAGUUUUCCGAGGACUGCCACGUCAGCGGCUACCACAUCCCCAAGGGGACAUGGCUGAUGGUGAACGCGUGGAAGCUGCAUCGGGACCCGCACGUGUGGGGACCCGACGCACUGGAGUUCAAGCCCGAGAGAUUUCUGGGGGAGCACCGGAACUUGGAUGUGAAAGGUCGUGAUUUCAAGCUGAUCCCAUUUAGUGCGGGCCGGAGGAUCUGCCCAGGGGCAAACUCUGGCCUGCAGAUGAUGAAUUUGGUGUUGGCUAACUUGUUGCACGGGUUUGAGCUGUCGACCGUGUCUGGUGAGGAGGUGGAUAUGAGGGGCAGUCAUGGGAUGAUCAAUAUGAAAGCCAUGCCACUUGAUGUUCUUCUUGCCCCUAGACUGUCUCCAAGUCUUUAUAAUUAAGCAUAUUUAGUAGGUGGAUGUCAACGUUGAAAAGUUCAUGUUACGUAGCAAUAAAUAAUGCGAUUGUGAAAUCCAUAUACAACUUCAAGGAAUGAAUUAUCACACCCUACUAUUAUAUAUUUC